CAGAAUUAUUUGGUAUUCACUUUAAGCUCCCUGUUGUCAAUAUCUAAUUGCUUUUCAAUUUACUUAAUUCACCCUCGUUUUGUUCAUCGCAAAUCCAAGUGCCGAUUAUGAUAUACAAGGCGGUACAAGUACAUGUGUCUGUAAUGGCAUACACAAGAACAAAUGAAAUGGGCGUGCCACUGCUAAGGAGAUUUUGCAUAGUACAAGCUGCCCAUUUACGUCCGAGAGUGCGAAGAUGGAUCAACCUCCAACAGCGCCAAUGCCACCACUCCGCAGCACCAACUUGCCAAAUCAGGACGUGUUAUCAAACUUACUCCCUAACUCCCGAAAAGACCAAGCCAGGCACCCAACACGAACAAUCCUCUAUGGCGGAUUUGCCUUAUAACACGGCAGGGGUGACAAUACCACUUCAUGUGCUACUUUAUGUUGGCAUUACGUCCUCCAAAUUGUUGAUGUUAGUUGUCCGUUCAAUUUGUUUCAAGGAGCGAAGCGGGAAGAAAGGCGAUUGGCAUGUGUUCGGGUCUGUCCUAUCCUCUUUCCCAACGCGCGCCCAGAUGGCGGGAUUUGUUUCGGGAGAUGUCUUUGCUCGCAAGAUCUGUCACAUCACUUAAGGAAUGACAAGAAAUACAAACAUUUGGCAAACCCGUGUAGCUGUCUCGGGAUAUGCAAAGUGAGGGUGAACGGAAGACAGGGCCCCUAAAUGACAAACUUGUGACUCCCCAAA